GUCCUUUUAGGCUGCGUCAGUACCGGCGUGGGCCUCGUCGGUGUAACGGCCGUCGAGUCUCUCCCGUGCCUCUCGCCCUACGGCCAAAACAUCCGCUCGCAUCACCUCCACGUCACCUGCCCCCUACCCGCCGUGUUGACCAGAAGAAGACGAAGAACCCAAAAAAAAAGGACACCUACGGCCCGGUCCUUGGCACCUAUCUACCCUCCAACAUUUGCUCAUACUUGCUAACCAUGUCGCUGCAAAAUCGCCAGGCGACUCUUUCUGAAUGGCUCCGAACGUCGACCAUCGCUAUGUGAUUCUGCCCAGAAAUCCCCCGAUCCUUUCCGACGUCUUCCCACCCCGACCCCUCGAGCGUAGCCGGCAUCAUGACUUGCACGACGGCGCGACCAAGCCCAGCAGUCAAGUCUCGAUCAUGUCCGCAGAGGACCUCCCCCUGGACCUCUCUCGCACUUUGACGACGGGGUCCGACGGCUGGAGCAAUUCCGGAGACGACGACGAGUCGUCGGUCACGUCGGACACGUCGCAUGCCCGCAUCGCCCGUCGCCCGCAUUUCCCGCCGGUCCUCCCCUCCGUAAAUUCGUCUUCCAGCAUUUCCAAGAGCCUGCCUCAAAAGUUGGCCGCCACCAUUUCCGCAGUCGAGGGCUCCGCGAUCUCGGCCCUCGGCCAGCGCCUUCCCAAUCCGAGCAAGUCUCAGUCGCCAUCCACCCGCUUUCGACGUCUGAAGCCGCCGCUGCCGCCCGCCGAGGCGCUGGGAGGGUCCCUCAUAUCUAGCGCCCUGCGUACCGGCUAUCCACCGGAUCCCGGGAGUCCGCCCGACCAGAUCGAUGUCCCGAAGAGUGAGCGAACACGGUCGCUGCCGCGUAGCGUCCAUGAAGCGAUACCGGCACCCGCGGGUUCCCUAGCUACCGCGGACUCCUCGUUCCAGUCACGCAUCUGGAGCAGGCUGGAGGCGGGGGGUGGGGUAGGGGAUGAUGCCGACGACCAGAGUAUGCCGGGCAGCUUUGAAGACGAUGCCGACGACGAUUACGACGAGGAUGAUUACCAAGUGCCCAGUCGCGCCUCGUACAGCCUCCGCCGAUUGGCGGAACAGUACGCGAGGCUUAGAAACAAGAGGACUACCCUGUGGGAGAUAUUCGACGGCAUCCGCGCAAGGCGAACACGGGUCCGAGAUCUGCGUCAUGCCAAACACGAAGCUAACCUCGCCUUUAUGAGUGCUGUGCAGGCUAUACUUCCAAGCAAUCAAGAAUUGGAUCGGCUUUUCAAGGAUAUGCGAGAUGCGCAGUUCGUGUGUCAGGAAGCCGAGCACAGCUUCGACGAUAUGCUGGACGAGCUUGAGCAUGGCGAGGUCGAGCUGGAGCGCGAAGAGAGGCGAUUCUACACUGCCGCCGCGGACAUGGACAACACCGCUUCCGUCGAGUCUGACGACGAUACCGCUUCCCAGACUUCCCAGAAUUCGGUGUUGCGGGGGAUCAGCGGUGAUCGCCCAGAAGAUAUUCAUCCACUUUUUGAAGAACUCCGAGAAGCCUUUCGAAAUAUCCAGCUAGCCAAGGAGCUGCUGGCAAACACCCGAAUGAAGAGAAAAGCUAUGGGCACGAGAAAAUCCCAUUUGUUGUCUAUUGGUAGCAUAGAGUUGUUAGAGCAGUACGGGGAUGCAGGGAGGAGACGGGCGCUAGAACUGAGGCAGUCGGGGUUGAUGUCGGAAGAGGAUAUCGAAAUGUUGCAGGAAUAUGAUGGCUUGGAAAAGAGGGCCCUCUUCGACAUUGACCGGUAUACGGAGGAGGCGAAAAGACUGGAGAAGGAGUGUCGCGAGAAGGGUGUCAUGCCCAAGAACACCCCUUUUCAGCAGGAAGGGUUCGGAUUCAACCCUGUCCACAGAGACGAUAUCCAUUUGGGAGAGGGGCCAUCCGGCAGACCAGCUCCGAGACAAUAUCGCAAGACGCUGGCGCACCCAAUAUUCCCGAAACUACUAUACAACCCUACGCACGUUCUACAAAGCCCUCCGAUGACAGCGCAACAACAACUUCGAUUAGCCGUUUCGCUCCCCCCAGACACUCCCUCCCGGCAGAGGUACAUCGACGAUGCGGCUCGUGAGGUCAACAUCCAUUCGAUUCUCCGAGAGACGGGCGACCAAGACAAGAUUGGCUACAUCAAUCGCUGGCUGCUCCAUAAGCUCCAUCUGUCGCCUAUGGAGGCCGAACUCCUGUGGUCCACUUUUCACGUCCGUCUCAAGAUUCUCAACGUCGACAGAUGGCAGCAGGACGUGCUCCACCUGUGGUGGAAAGACCAAGCCUCCAGCCUACCUUCGGCUGCAUCCGAGUGCUUGUACGAAGACCGCAGCUCUGCGUCCGUAAGUCCAAGAGCAGACCUGCCCUCGAGGCGCCAUUCCGAUUCUAGCCAGCUGGAUCGUCUGAACCCUUGUGAUAUCGAAGAAACGCCCAGUUGAAACAGGCGGCAAUUUCGCUGGACCAGCUCUCUUUUUCUUCCCCCCCUCCUUUUUUUUUUUUUUUUUUGCGACAAGCAGGGGGGAAGGGCGCUUCCCCCAGCCACCAUAUCACAUCUGCGGCCCCGGUUCCUCCUGUUUGAUCUAUACCGACUAGCUUGGCCUUGACAUUGCAGGGCGCGAUACAACGUGUAAACCGCGCUGGGAGAGAAUGAAUGACGGAACUGGCCCUAUACCCCUUUGUAUUGCGACUUUGCGUUAUCUUGGUUAUUUUCAUCAUGAUUGCUUAGAAAGUGCCGAGACGGGAUGUCCUAUCUCGUCUACGUCUAUGGUACUCUCACCUUGACACCAAUGUGAGUUGCGCGGUGGCGUUUGGUUCGGU